AUGUCCCGGGCGCGGGGCAGCCCCGGAAACGGGGGCGCGGGGGCGGCGGCGGCCACGGCGCGACCUCUCACCCGGCGGCGGAAGUGGCGGGAGCGCGCGCGGCGGGAGCGCGCCCGGGCGGCACCGGAGGAACCACUGCCUCUAGCGGGGGGGAAGGAGAUGCCUGAGGGAGUACGGAGUAGAUUAGGUGUUGGAAAAGGCCUCUGGGGUCGUCCAGUCCAACCUGUGGCCGAUAGGCACCUUGUCAUCCAGACCAUGGAGCUAAGUCUGUCCUUCAACACCUCCAGGGGCGCCCUCUUUCAGCCUGGAGAUGAGGAGAGAGGAGCCGCAGAACAAACAGCGCCAGCGAGGAAGCUCCUGGAAGGUACCUGCGGGAGGCAGAGGCAGGAAUUCCGUGGAAGACGUCGUGCUGUCGGUGUGAACUCCCAAACGCAGCCAGAUCCCACGGUGGUGCCUGGUUCUGGCAGCGCCACACCGAGCCGUGGGCUCUGGAUGCUCCUCGCAUGGGCAGCGCUGGCUUUGGGGGCCCGGACAAAGCCCCCGCUGGUUCCUGCUUGCUGGAACGGCUGCCGGGGAUGUUCUGGCUUUUCUGACAAAGAUCCAUGGUCAGGGACGGCUCAAACUUUGCCCGCAGGACCAAGAUCCUGCAGCAUUCUCCCUUCCCAUCCGUGACCUAUCCCAUUCCUCCGCUGCCAGCGCUUCCCACCCGUGUGGCACUGCACCCCUGUGCCUCACCCGCUCCCCGCGGACGGUCCCCAGAGCACGAGGAAGGACUGUGGCGGGGAAAAAAGAACUCAUUUGGAGGUGAAGGCUGGAUAUUCUCUUCCAUUAUCCCCAGCAUCUGCCCCUAGCCCUCCCCCAGCUCUCACGGCAGCCGUGCUCGGCUUUGUUUCCCUGACACGCUGCGCUGGCUGCACAGUCCCAUUCUCCCCUUGUCCUCCCUCCACUCCCAAAGCCUGCGUGGCUGUUCCAAGAGGGGAGCUGGAAGCACCGUGGAGCAGGAGAGCUGACAAUCAGGGCCGGGAGACGACGCUGCUGCCGUGCACAAUACCCCCCCAAUUAGCCAUUCAUUUCUUCUGCCUCUGAAACGGGGAGCACAGCCCUUGUGCUGGGAGAUAAAACAAGAACGGCUUCAAUAGCGCUGAUUUAAAUUAGGUCAGGCUGGCUUUUGUGCGGCGGGGACCACACAAUGGCUGUCACACGGUGGAGGGGAGCAGCAGAAAGGAAAAGAGGCCAAGCAAGUGGCACAGAUGCUGGGAGUUGGUGGGUGCUGGCACCUCGGGGGGUGUGUGCGUGGGGACAGUGGAGGGGCAGACCCUCACCCAGCACGUGAUGCUGAGGCAUAAAAGGGGUGGCGUGGUCAGCAGGGGACAGAGGGGUCACACACUGCCUGGACACAGGAAGCUCUGCCACACCACAGCCAUGUGCCCCUGGGAAAUUUGUCUUCAACCUUCACUGGUUAUGAGACAAAGGCGUGACAAGUUUUGGACCUGUCAGGGCAAGAAGGAUAUUGAGGGGCUAGAGUGUGUCCAGGGAAGGGAACAGAGCUGGGGAAGGGUCUGGAGCACCAGGAGCAGCUGAGGGAGCUAAGAGGGCUCA